AUGGAAGAGGCGGGGCUGAAGACUGCAACGGAGGAGGCAAGAGCAGAGACCGCGAUGGAGGAGGCGGGAGGCGUCGCCGAGGCUCGGGCUGGGUUUACCGUGCUAGGACAGCAUGACACUAUGCUUUAUAUCAGUGAUAUCAGCAAAUCAGAUUCUGGAACCUACACCUGCAGUUUUACAUAUAUGUAUAAUGGAAAGCCGUACAAUGCUACCCGGAAUAUACCGGUUAGAGUGUCAGAACCUAACAGAAUGGAUCCUAUAGUUUUUUCGGUUGUUGUCUUGGGAGCUUUAAGUUGCUUAUUACUCUUGUUAUAUACACGUUACAAAAUUGAUCUUGUGCUACUAUGCCGAGACAUUUUCAAGAAAUAUCAUUACAGAAAUGAUGGCAAAGAAUACGAUGCUUAUGUGAUCUACCCAAGCACUUGCUAUGAAAACUCCACGGAUAACUCUGCAGAUUAUUUUGUAAAUACCAUUUUACCUAAAGUGCUGGAAAAUAAAUGUGGAUUUCGGCUUUUUGUCCCUGGGAGAAACGCAGUGCCUGGUGAAGUCAAUAUUAGAGAUAUUUACAAAUUGGUUUCAAAUUAUUACUUCAUAGAUGUCAGCAGUUCAUCAGCAAUCAACAUAGAGAAGAGCAGAAGGCUUAUUAUUGUUCUUAAUGCCGAAACAAGAAGUAUGGAUUCGCUGUAUGAUCAACAAAUUGGACUCUACAGUGCCCUAAUAUACAGUAGUUUAAAGGUGAUCAUAAUCACACUGGGCAAAAUGAAUGAGAACACAGAAAUGCAAGACUCUCUUAUGUACAUCAUGAAUCAAAAAGGGAGCAUCCAAUGGGAUGACAAAUCAAAUGAUACUUUGUCACCAAAUAGUCAAUUUUGGAAGCGUGUGAGAUAUCAAAUGCCUGUAAGUAUGAUCAACAAAUUGGACUCCACAGUGCCCUAA